UGACAUGAUGUGGAAUCCUGUCCUUUUAGAUGUUUACAGGGAUGAUCCUAAAGGACGCAGAACUUUAGUUAUUCAGAACAUACAAGAAAAUGUGCGAGAAGAAAACUUACAGAACUAUCUGGAGAUAAUAUGCACAGAACAGGAACUCACGGAUGUAUGUUUCCCAUUGCGUGGGUAUGGUGUUGCCAUAGCGAUAUCCAAAACAAACAUAAAUGAUAUUGAAAGAUUUCAAGAGAAAGCAUCAAAGAGGCGUUUUGAAGGAUGUUUCCUAAAUUUAGAGCUACUUUGUGAGCCUGAUGGAAUCUUUUUACCGAAUGUUCCGUCUACGACAAAUGAAGAGUAUCUUAGCUUGUAUUUUGAGAGUAGAAAGUCUGGGGGAGAAGAGGAUACUGUUCAAAAUGUACAAAUUGUUGAUGUAGACUCUACAAGAUACGCCAUGGUUGAUAUAUCUAGUACACAUGCUAUAAAGUCUAUUCUAUCAAAACAGUCGCAUCAAUUGAGAAACGAAUCAGUGAAGGUACACCCUUACUAUAAGACUGUACAUGGAUAUAUUACAGCUCGUAUAAAUCAAAGAGAAGACCAAGGUUCAAGAAGGCAUCAGGCAAGUAAACCUAUUGUAAAAGACACCACAACUGUUGAAACUACACUGACAACACAACAGCUGGUAGAACCACCGAGUUUUAGUUACAACCUGCAUGACAACAAUGAUGCUGAAGUUAACAGUAACUUGGAUUAUAGUGAAAACUUUAGAGAAAGAUCACCCACUCCAAAACGGUCUGUCAGUUCAGAUUGGAUAAACACUGACCAACGUAAUUAUGAUGAUAACUUGACAUCAAGUUAUGAUGGUGAAUCCACAAGUAUACGAAAACAAACACCAAACACUGCAUUCAGACUCAGGAUAAUAUCUGACGACGGUGAAGACCAAUCACCGUAUGUCCCAAACAAACCACGAGAACAGUAUGUACCGAUAAAUGAUACCAAAGAGAAUAUGCAACCGCCAUCUCAGUUCAGUCAGGAUACACAAGACGAAACUAGUUGCUCAAAUAAAAGAACAGUAAAUAUUGCUGCUGUGAAGCCAGUAGUGCGGAACGUUUCUAGACAAUUAUCAGAUGAAGGUAAUGAAAGCAACCGAAAGCCUGGCGGUAAAUAUGGUAGAAAGGCACGUGCAUCUAACCAUAAUGAUAAUCGGAUGCCCUUGACUUUCCAAGAGGAAAUACAACUAUCGCCUGCUAAGAUUAAUAUGCUGAUAAUCUACAAAUUUCAGUCUAAAACACAAUCAGAAACUGUUGAUGUUACAUUUAAGGAAAAUGAAGGAAAGGUUAUAAUCAAAGGGUAUUCGGAAGAUGAUAUAAGACAAGCCAAACUGAAAAUGUACGAAUGCCUCGAUCAGGUUGUAUGUGUCAAAGAAAUACUUCCUCGUAUGAAAUGUAAAUUUUUAGCACGAGAUGAGUGCCGUAAAUGCAUCAGAUCAAGAUGUAUUAAACAGAAGAUCAAGGCAGCAUUUUCUGUUGACGUCGGUAACACCGUUCUCUUGUCGUUUGCGUUUUCUGCUGACGAGGCAGAGAAAGGUUUACAGUUUAUUAAAGAUGAGAUAACUGUGACGAAUGUGCAGCUGCGCCAAGGACAAGACACUCUUGUUGUAGGAGACAACUGGGAGAGAUUUAUUCGUGAAUUUGACACGGGUUUAUCUACCAUUUAUAUUGACGAUACAUCUAAGAAUAUAAUAUGUAUCGAAAGCAUCAUUGAAGCAAAAUCUAAGGAUAUAUUCAAAAAGAUAGUUAAAUAUCUGAUACAGAAUGUGCCUAUGAAGACAUCGGAUGUCAUUAUAGAGACAGCUAAAGCCAGAUGCUUCAAAUCAUGCUUCGAGGAUAGUCUCAGACGAGUUGUCGAAAAAUCACGGGGAAAAUUAAAUGUUGAAGUACAGAGUAGAAGUCCAUUUAAGAUACGUGUUUGUGUUGAAGGUGAACAGACAUUAACUGCAGAGCUGACAAAAAUGGUGAAUCAAAUCUGGCAUGAAAGAAUUGAUUUCAGUAAAAUAUCAGAAAAAGCUGAAGACAAAUGGCUUAUCAUGAAAGGACUUGAUGGUCCAACUGGAAAAGAUUUCUUUUCUAAGUUUGAAAGCAGUCACAAGUGCUUUAUACAAGUUUCAAAUGACGGUGUUAUCAAUUUCACGAGACCAAGUAUAAGAUCAAAGGAUUCCGAUCACAAUACUCAGUCAGAUGUUGAAAGUUCACCAAUACCCUCAACGCAAGCAGGACAUGUUAAACGCCGGUCGGAAUGGGACGACCAUGCACAUAAUUUUGAUGAGUAUAUUAGCCAACCAGAAAUGGAUCAUCGUCACUUACAUCAAUUUGAAAUGGAUGAUGAUGAAGCAUUUGAACUUGCUCGAGCAAUGUCACUGAAUGAGGAAGAUAGUGUUUCCACCAUCGAGGAUUUUGAGGAAAUUGAGAGUAACGAAGAUAUUUUAUUCCUACAAAGACCAAAUGACAGGGGGGCAUCUAAUCACAGACGUACCGGAAGGAGACCUUAUGUAAAUCAGAUGCAUAGAUCAGUCUCAUCUCCUGAUUUCCGGAGACAUUUGCCCACGGCACCGAUUCCCGUAGUAAAAUCAGAGAGUAUCAGAAUGAUGCGGACGAAUGUUACACUUCUAAAAGGCGAGAUAGUGAGACAAACAGCUGACGUACUCGUCAAUAUAGUGUCACAGUCACAUAGUUUAACAGAAAGUAUUGUGUCUAAAGCUUUCGUUAAAAGGGCUGGUCAAGAACUUAUUCAGUUAUACGAUGCCGCUAGACUUAGUGCAAAUGGCAGCGUGGUUACGACGAGAAGUUGUGGAAGGCUGAAAUGUAAAUCAGUCAUGCAUGUCGUCCUCCGAAAGGGAGAAAUGCAUUGUCAACAGGUGAUUCAAGAAACAAUACAGGGGGUCCUGCAAGAAUGUCAAGCAAACGGUUAUAACAGCGUGAUGUUUCCUCCGCUAGGUGUUGGCAGGAUGUAUAAAUAUCCAGCUGAUAUUGUAGCUGAUAGAAUGCUGUCAGAGAUCUACUUAACUAUACAGAACAACCGAGCUUCACUCUAUCAAGUAACAAUAGUUAUCUACGAUGAUCCGACAUAUGCUGUGUUUGAGAAAGCUUUCAAGUCAUUUGAUGAACAUAAUGUAAGGAUGAAUUCUGCUGUUCAAGCAAGACCUCAUUAUGCACAGGAUCCAUUUGGAAUAAAUGUCCGACAAAACCUUAUGCGGCAACAAAGGCAACAGCCUGGUCUGUCAACUGCACAAAAAGUACAUCGCAUGGGUGUUAAUCGGCCAGUGCGCACACCAGCCACUGCUAUACCACCACAGCACAUCAUCAACUCAGGACUAAGGGAGGAAAAUAGUCAAACGCGAGUGGCAAAAGAGAAGAGACCUCCACGUCAUCGUUUCUCGGAAAGAAAGCCAGCUCCAAACCUUUGUGUUGUUGUCGUAGCAGCGGAUAAAGACACGUGUAUACAGUCAAGAAAUAAUCUCAGCAAAAAAAUCAGAGAUGAAUUCUUGCACGAAGAUGUUAUUGGUAAAAGACAGAAAAUAUCUGACCAGGCUAAAGCGAAAAUUAUAGCAAUAAUUGAAAAACAUAAUAUCGAAUCGAUUAAAGGAAGGCAGGGGUAUACGUUAAAAGGUCAUAAAGAGAGCGUGACUAGGGCUCGAAUGGAUAUAUUGGAAGUUCUGCUGGGGGAGAAGGACAUAACAGAAAAGAGAAGAAGGCGUAAAGAAAAUACUAGAAGGGAAACUAAAGAGUUUGUUCAGUUAAUGGUAGAAGAAGAACCCGAAGUUCCUUCGUAUUGGUCAAAUUACAAAUCAGAUGUUUCUUUGAAGUCCAUAUUGACAUCAUUUAAGCAAACUGUCACUGGUAGAAACUACGAAAAGAUUCAACUUAACAGCAAAAGUCAAGAAUUCAACACGAUUGUUUCUAUGAUAAAUUCCACAUUUGACGCCACUAAUUUAGGUAAAGGUCUAGAUGCACAAGGUCUCGGUCAGCUUGGGUACUCACAACUCCAUGUCCUUAAGAUACAAAGAAUAGAAAAUUUAGAGCUGUACGAUAAGUUCACCUCCACAAGGCAAAAAAUGUUUUUGAAGUUAGGGAAAGAAGGCAUUGUUCGGUUUCCAAGGGUUAAAGACAUUCCAAAUUGUACAGGGCCAAUUCAGACAUGUCGGUUUCUUAACUCAUCUUUAGAUAAAGACUUACACACAGAAAUAAAUGAAGUUCUACUUUUCCAUGGUACCAAAAAAGACAAUGUCGGAACAAUUUGCUCAAGUGGAUUUGAUCAUAGACUAGGUAGCGGACGAGCAAUGCUUGGUGCUGGAAUUUAUGGUGCAGAGACUUCUAUUAAAGCUGAUCAAUAUGCAGAUGACAAAGCCACCAGGACAGCAGGUCAAGGUCAACAUAAGAAAAUGUUUCUAAUGAGAAUGAUCCUAGGGAACAGUUACAUUUGCACGGACCAAAAUCCUCACAAAUACCGACGACCGCCGUGUACAUCUUGCUAUAAAGAUGACUGCAAAGAUGACAAACAUGCUGCACAUAAAUACGGUCAUUUGUUUCACUCGGUUAUUGGAGACAAUGGAAAGUUGUUCCGAGAAUUUGUUGUGUAUGACAGUACAUUGUGUUAUCCUGAAUAUAUAAUCACUUAUGAAAGACGUUAAAAUCCCGCGGCAUAUUUUAUUGUACUGUCCAGGUUGAUAAAACUCUAUAUAAUAGCCUAUGCUCAGUUUCAAUUGUUAAGCAAGCAAAAAAUUAACAUAACAUAACAAAGUGUAUCUGUAAUUAGUGAACAACAAAUAUUAAUAUUGGCAGUUGUUUUGUAAUAGCUCGAACUGCUCUGUAUGAUCACUGCGUUUUUUUUUGCUGUCUUCCUUCAAGCAUUGAAAAAAAAAAACUUAGAAUACUUGCUUUUAAUGACAAUGUGCAUGUCUAAGACAAAAGUUCAUACAUCCAAGAGCUAUAUUUUCAGAGUUAUGCCCCUUUAUACGUCAGGUAGAAUGACUUUAAAGUUAAGAAACUUAGGAGGCAAGUUUUAUUGAGUGUUAAUGAUAGUUGUUACACUUAAUAGAUGAGCGAUAACACCACCUGUGGUGCUCUUGUUUAAUAAUGUGAUUAUAUUAUUGUGAAUAUAUUUAUUGAAGGGUUGUGUAUUAGAGUUCAACACAGAAACAUUAACGUGUUUUCAAGGGAGGAAAUAACUAAUAAUUUCAUAAAAGUUUAAGUAAAAACUUUAUUCAAUUUUUAUGGUUUAGUAAUAUGAUGUAUUUAAUAAUGUUAUCAAUCUAUAUUAAAUAAUAAGGGCAAAUGGAUCUAAUAUUUUGCAUUGACUAUUCUACAUUUUACUAGUUCUAGUAACAUUUUGAAUAUUGAUUAUAUCGAUUAGAUUUCAUGAAAAUAACUCAAAUUAUUUAAUGUUAUUUAAUGUCGGAAUGAAUGGACAUUGAAAGUGUUAAACUAUUGAUAAUGUGAAUAAAUGUGAUGAUAGACGAUUUAUCUGGGCAUUUCAUUUCGAACAGAUGUUCAUUACAUGAUUUAACUCUAAUAUCACUUACAUAGUAUAACAAAAUUCAUCUUUCAUAGAUAACAUAAAUUCUAGGUGGUUGGUAACGUACUGCAGCAAUAGCAGAUGCAGUAUUUAUAUUUAUGGUACGUUUAUUUUAUGUAACAUAUUUGGCGAAUUUCUCUAAAAUAUAUUGGUACUCUAUUAAUACAAUACAGUUUAUUUGCUUUAAACAUUAUACAACGUUUUCUAACAUAAAAUAUAGACAGGUAACAUUGUCAGUAGCAACAAUAUGCAAAAACAAAAUGUUACCAAAUUUGUUAGUGGAUGGAUGUUUGUUAUAUAUAACUAUAAUUAUAAUGUAACAUUUUUGGUUUGUAACAAAAUAUGAAAUAUCAAAUGAGAGACUAGUUAAUAAACGGUCAUAGAAAA